AUGAGACUGCUUACUUUAACAAUCUCAUCUUUACUUCUUUUAACAAUUUUUGUUGAUGCAAGUACGAAAUUCCGAAGAAGUUGUCGUCGUCGCAACGGAAAUAAUGGUGUAAAUGGAUCGAAUGAAGAUGGAGAAAAUAAUAAUGUAGAUGGAAAUGACGGAAAGGGUGGAAAAGGAGCUCUCAGUCAAGAUGCUAUCCAAAAUAAUGAUGAUUUAGUUGAUCAAGCGGAGGAAGAUAGAAAACGGGAAGUUUAUGAAAAUGGAGCAGUUAAGUAUACUCGACUAAAUGAUUAUCGUGGAGACCAAGUAAAUGGUAAUACCAGAAAAGAAUCAUCUGGAGGAAGAGGUGGAAGAGGUGGAAGAGGGCGAAGACCUAGACCACAAAACUCUGAAUCUGGUGAAGACUCCGAUAAUAGAUCUGGUGGACGUAGAGGACAAAGUAACCAAUACGAGGAUGAGGAAACCAACGAGGAAAGAUAUGACAGAAAUGGAAAUAGAAUUACGAGAGGUGGAAGAACUCGUGGAAACAAUAGAGAAGGAUCUUCUGGUGCUGAAAGAAGUAACACACAUUCUAAUGAAAAUUCCUCGUCAAGUUCUCGGACAAUCGAGAAAACUACCAAGAUGAUCGGCGAGGCAACAGAGGAAGCAAUGGGGGACGUCAAUCCGAUAAUAUUUCUGAUGAAGAGUCUGAAACAACCAGAAAAACUAAUGGAAGAAGAAAUGGUGGAAUAUCUUACCUGACCGAAGAGGGCUCUUCAAAUUCCAAUGGACGAAGAGGUGGGCGUGGUGGAAAAGGAAACCGAGUUAAUGAUGAAUCAACUGAGAGUAACUCGGAAAGAACCCGUGAAAAUCAGAAUUCAGAGGAAAACUUCUCAGAAUCACGCAAAAGGAAUAGAGGAAAUGGAAAUGGCCGUGGCGGUAGGGGUAAAAAUGGGACAAGACGCCGUGGAAGGGAAUUGGAAGAGGAAAAUUAUUCCGAAGAAAACAGCAAUUCGAGAGAUUCUCAAAUCAGACGAGGAAAUAACAGAAAAGAACCAAAAGAUAACAAUGUUUCAUAUGAAGAAACUGGAGAAGGAGAGUAUUUUGAAGAAGAAAAUCGCAAAAAUUCCAACAAUGCAAAUUCAUCGAAUUCUAGAAAUACGGGAAGAGGAAACAAAGGAGAAAGAGAAUCCCUAAACGAUAAUGAAUCUUCCAAUGAAGAAACAGAAGGCCGAAGAUCUGUUAAAAAGACGAACACUUUAAAUGAUCGUCGCCCUUCUCAUGAAAGGAAUUCAUCUGGCUCAUCGAAUACUAAUGAUAGUGAAGAAAAUAAUAGCGAAGACAACAAUGGAAACUCCAUUCGCAAAGAAAGUAAUCUUUCAAAUGACGAAGAAACCGAUGAAGUUGUCGAUACACAUAGAAUCAAUACUGAAGAUGAUGAAGAAGAUGAAGAGAAGCCUCCAACAGAAAAAGGAACACCGAAGAGAAAGGAUCGUAAGAGUGAUUCGAGGUCGACAUCAAAAGGAUUUGGCUCAGGAGGUAGAGGACGUGCUGAAUAUACUGAAGAUGGCGAUGAUGAUGAAUCGAAUCGUAGAUCUGUUAACUUUGAAAAAGAUGGAAAUGGAAGAAUGGUAAAGACUGAAACAGAGAGAAGCAGUACUCAUGCUCAAGAUUAUGAUAAGAAAGGUUCCAAAAAGAAGAAGCAUCGCGUCAGUGAAAAUGGUUCAGAAGAGGAAGAAGUCUCAACAUCAUUUUCAUCUUCAUCCAGCAAAUCUUCAUCUUCUUCUUCAUUGUCACGUAGAACAACUUGGGACGGUAAUAAUAAUAAUACUAACAGAAGAAGAAGAAACAGAUUUGAUUGA